UUUAGGAUUCAGAUCUCUGACGUUGGGCAGAGUAAAUUAGAUACUGUCUUCAUUUUUAGAGCUAGUGGGAAUAUUCUAAAACGGAAAUGGAAUUAGAGGAGGAUUCCGCUCAACGUGAAGGAGUCGUUCGACUCAUCAUCAAGGACUUCAGUCAGCUAAAAGAUGAAAAAUUUAGCGCACCUGUUUACAUCAGGAAUUUACCCUGGUAAGAUAAUGGAAAUCUCAAAGGGGUACACCGUUCAGUUCCUUUUUCACUUCACCAGACUUUGAAUUUGUAAGAAACAUAUGUGUGGCGAAUUGCACUUCUUCUGGUUUCGCUAAGGAUAGUCAUACAGUAUAGAUAGUUAGAUAUCAAGAUUGUGGGCAUCUACACUAGAAAUUACUAAUUGUAGAAGGGGUUUGUUGAUGCCUUGAUGGAGAUUUGGAGUGUGAAUUUUAUACAUUUACUAGACCUGACCAGGAGCAGUUGCGAAAAAUGCAAAUAAACUGUAGGCUUCGUAGGAAUCGAACCUGUAGCCCUGCAUUCCGAUACUGGCUUAACAAUUAGACAACGAAGCCGAGUUGUGUAGGAGCGAAUAGUCAACGAGGCAAAGCCGAGUUGACUAUUUGCUCCGAGACAAUGAGGCUGAGUUUGCUCCGAGACAACGAGGCUGGGGUUAACAAUUUUAACGACAUGCUCGUCGGGCAUAAAAUAUGUAAUUGAGCAAAAUAUUUUACAUAAUUUAUUGAAAAGUAAUAGUUUUAGGGAAAAUGUUAAUGAAAAAUUGUACAAAUUGCGGUGCAUUAGUUCAAAACUUAGUGAAAAAUGGUAUGUUCCAAAAUUUUUCCCUCCACUCGUUAACGAUCAGUGGGAAAAGAAAUAUUAAUUAGCGACUGAAAUGUCCGUCGGGCUCGACUUCGGCCACGCCCUUUUAGUCGGGCUUUUUCCGGCUCUGCUUCCUUUAGCAACAUUUCUCCUUGGCUUUGUUGACAACUAAUCAGUGCUGCGAACUUCGAAGAAUGACUUGUGAGUUUAAAAAAAGUUAGAAAACAUGUCGUAAAACAGUAAAAUAGUAAGUAUACCGGCAAAAAGCAAAGGAAACAAGGCUUAAAAAGUCCAAAAUUUCAAACACAAACUGGCUUCCCGGAUUGUUACUAAAUAAAGUUUACGUUAAAAAGCAGAAUAAAAAUGCACGCAAAAGCAUCCGAAUGUCGUUAAAAUCUUUAAAAUAUCUGGAAAAAUAUAGCGGCAAAUCAUUUCAUGCACAAUCUAGUAUACAUAGACAAAAGGUUAGAUUAAAAUUUAAUCGAAAAACUCGACUGAAAAGGCUCAAAAAAGGGGAAAAACAAACUCGGCCAAAAUCACGACAUUUUAAUAAACGAAAAAACUCUUUAAAACGGCAGCUACAGUAAAUACAUGAACCCGUACUUAAUACAAGCACAAGCUACAAACUAUUGUCGAGUUUCAACGAUUCUACUUGGAAUAUUAUUAAACAAAUAUUGUCCAUAUUUGUCUGUCACUUUCAUGUUCAAAACUACGAGCAAAAUUGAGAAAACGUAAAAAUUUUACCGUAUGUGUCCGCGGUUUCCAAGAGUCUUUGUUUGUUUGUAAUCCAGAACCAAAAUUAGAUAUCAAACUACUGUAUUGUAAUUAGUUGAUCAUUGCAAUGAAGACAUGAUUAAUUUAGAUGGGUUCCGUUUUUUUAUGAUCUUCAUACAGUUAGAGCUCGACAACGCCUCUACCUCGGUUGGUUAGAGCGCUGCACCGGAAUCACAGAGUCGCAAGUUUGAUUCCUGCCAAAGGGCCUAUAGUUGCAUUUUUGGCAACUGCUCCUGGUUAGAUCUAAUAAAUGAAUAAAAUUUGCACUCGCAAUGUCCAUCUAGAAGUGCCUUCUGCAGUGAUAGAUUUGUCCGAUUCUGAAUUACUACACGUUAGUGUGGAAUGUGUCAUUAAUGCUCUGAUUAAUGCAAGAAAAGGAAUUCCGAAAGGUAAUGCCUGUUUGUCACAUCUGUCGGAACCUCUGAUCAGGACAAUUGUUAAAAUUGUGUCAUAUUUUCCAACCGAACUGGCUAAGGUGCAUUGGGCGUAAAAAACAAACCUGUGGUUCCGGUUCCCGACCGACCCUAUUCUUUUCUGCCGACCCUGUUAUUUUUUCAACGCGAUUGACCAUGCGACCUAGUCCAGUCCCAGACCCUAUUCUCGCCACACGGCGCGGCGGAGAAGGAGGGUCCAGAAGAAUUUGCAUGCGCAUGCGUCAACUACCACCACACAUAUGUGGAGGUCGCCAGGUCGCUAAGCUCUGUUUACUGUGGGGAAAAUCCGCAAUGUCAAAGGAAAGUUCUGAUACUCUUGCAGCGCUGAUUGAGAACAAGUUUCUUCAUAUUUUUGGCAGAGAAUUUGUUGAAGCCGUUAAGUUUGCCAUGGGAAUGUGUAAAUAUAAUUUUUUGCCGAAGUUUGAGCAAUUGCAAGCGAUCUAUUACCUGUCUCGCGGUAAAGAUGUAUUCGUUCAUCUGAGAACUGGUUUCGGAAAGUCGCUGAUUUACACGCUCUUUCCAUAUGUUUGCGAUGCUCUGCGAUCGUCACCAAACAACGAUUGCCGUUCAUCUAUCGUCGUUUUGAUUUCACCACUAAUUUCCCUCAUGGAUGAUCAGAUGGCUAAAAUGGCCGAACGAGGAAUACAUAGCUUCAAGCUCACCGAUCUUAAAGACCGACAAGUUGAGGACCUUCGACGUGGAAAAUCGAACAUCAAAAUCGCUUUGUUAUCCCCUGAGGCAUUUACCAGUUUGACUGUAAGGGAGACUCUGAGGGAACUGAAAGAGCAUAUUGUUUGUGUGGCAAUUGAUGAGGCACAUUGUGUACUACAAUGGUAGGUCUAUGCUAGAUAUUUUAAUAAUUUAAUAAAUAAAUUAGCCAAAGUGCUUUCCCUUGACUACAGAGCCUCAUUCUAUUGCAAGAGAAUUUGGCUAAUUGUCAUAUGUUUAUACUAAGUUUUAAAGGAUUAUUGAAAUUAUUGAAAAUGUGGCGAGAUAACCAACGAUUGGAUAGGGAAAAAUUUUUUUACACUUUGGUUCAUCACGUUAUAUAAUUAGCCUUGCAAAUAAGUAACUUUAUACAGUAACCUACUCUGAACUCACUUGAUUUAUUUUAAACUGUAGUAAAUGUUUGACAGGGUGAGGAAAGAUAUGUCGUCGUGCUCACACUUGAUGUCGUGUUUGCUGCAUUAGAAUGGGAUGGCUAAAUGAACAUGAUAACAAACAUUUAGAUAAUUACACCCUCGAAGUCAUAUAAAGAAACACAAGAUGAUGAAACUACACAGUAAAUACGUUCGGUUAUCUCCUCUACAAUGUAUACUACUUCUUCAUAUUUUUGGUUUAAUGGCGUGAAUUGUCUGUAAUAAGUUUAUGGAUUAUUCGUCCUAAUUUUGUGUUAAAAUAUUAGUGCAAAAAUUACAAUAAUUAACACAUCCAAGGCUGCAAGACCAGGAGUAAAGCACUUUAUGACGACCACAUUAUAUUUAUAUAAAAUUAAAGUGUUUGCAGUAAAAGAAAGCUUGUCUAUUUUUGCGUAUCAAAUAGAAAUUUAUUUAAUUACCCUAUCUUUUGUCACAAUACAAUAUUUGUCACAAUAACUCUUAUUUGUUACAGCGAUGCAAAAUUGCAAUUAUCGUACGUGUAAUUUGACAAGUUUAACUUUCUAGCUAUAACAAAUAAAGUAUUUUUAAACAGUCUCACUCGGACAAUAUUGGGAUAUCAUACCAGCAAUAUUUAGUAAACACCGAUUUCAGUUAGUAUAUACAUAGUUGCAUAUUUCUUCGGCAAAAGACUGGUCUUUUUAUAAUAAAAUUUAAAUAAUGUCGUCGUACCUGUGCUUUGUCGUUGGAAAACUGCAAUGAUCUGGCUGAAACUACAAUUUCUUUCGUUAGGUCUCGAUGUUUUCGAUGGUGGAGAUCUAAUCGAAUUUGGCGAGGAUGGUAUUGUUUUUCUUUUCCCUCGAGGACUAAUAUUUUCCUUAUAACUUUUAAUUUUCUCGACGGCCCUAUUCGCAUUAUUUCGGCAAUUUCGACAACAAUGGCGAGACAAUCCAGGCUUGUCUCGUCUAAUAGACAGACCAUAUGCCUUGAAAAACAGCAUCGCUGUUGAUGUAUAAUCAUUUUCUGCAUUGUAAAGUACAUAUCUCCUAGCGGGCGGACAGACUCCAUUGCAUAUUCGACAUCGAACUUCACCUGACAUUUUUUAUUUCUCUGAGUUGUUUACGUUUUGCGCGCGCGUUUAACAGGUGUAAGGGUUUUCCCUUCUCCCGGAAGUCAAUCGCAACCGUUUUGAUUGGACAAGUUGACGCAUGCGCAUGCAAAUUCUUCUGGACCCUCCUUCUCCGCCGCGCCGUGUGGCGAGAAUAGGGUCUGGGACUGGACUACAUGCGACCCUGCAGGUGGUUGCGGGCUGCUCAUACAGCGUGCCAAAAUGGCGUCUGUUGUCACACUAAUUAUUGAACCAAAUUGCCUAAAUUCGUCCAUAGGAAAUACGCAUCUCUAGGUAAUAUUGAUGUCGGGACUCUACUACAAAUCGCCCAGCAAAAUACAGCCAAAACCAUGAAAAAAAUAUUCAAGAAAAAAAUUUAUUUCCGACCUACCGACCCUAUAAUUUUUUCACGAUAUGAAACCGGAACCACAGGUAUUUUUUGUUUACACCUUGUAAAUUGCCGCACUCUUGGGAACAAAAUGAGGGGCGCAGAAACGUGGGAGAGCGAUUGCGCGCUAAUUCAAGGUCCGGGUCAUGGCCUAACCCUUUGCUCUGUUUUCAGGCGACUGAUGUGUACACAAAGAAAAGUGAAAGUCCAUGCCAGUCAAAAGAAAGUUAAAACCCUGGCAGCAUUUCUUCAAUGCAAUUUCGAAACAGAGUCAUUGUAAGUCUUAACGUAUAAUAAUCCUUAAAAGUAGCUGUUUAAAUUUAGGUUAAGUGACAUUUUGAAGAAUCCAAGAUGGCGGAACAAGCGGGCAAAAAAAGCGCGG